AUGAUAGAAAAUCAAAAAAAUCUUCAUUGUUUAAUGAGACAUGAAUUACAUGUCUCAAUGGUUAAUCUAGAUUCCAAACUAACAUAAAAUUAAAGACUUUUGUGUUAGGAAUGUAUUGAUAAUUUUGAAUCAGAGUAAAAAUAUAAGACAAUUGGAUUUUUUUUAAUUAUUUAGAAGAUUGAAGAUAAUAAAUAGUAAUAGUUAAAUAUUAUAGAAAAUCUAAUUAUAACUAAUAUCAAAUAAGUUGAAUCAUUCUAAAUUCAAAUCAAUAAUUUAAAAUCUAUGGUUCUUUAAUAAUUAGAUCAAUUAAUUAAUAAUACAAAAGAUUGGAUAUUAAAUUAAAAAUAAAUAGGAUUUAAAUAUUCAGAAUAUAGUUUUUUUAAAGAAUUAGAUUUAAUAAUAAUUAAUUAAUAAAAUAAUCAAGAUGAUUAAAUUAAUUGUUAAAAUCAAAUUAAAAUACUUAAUCAAAGUUAGAUUACAAAAAUCAAUUCUAAAUUAGAACAAUUCAAACUAUUUUAAGAAUAUCAAUAAUUAAAGAAUAUAUUGAACAAACUAAAUGAAUAAGCAUUUAAUAUAUCUAUAAUUUAAUAACAAUAACAAUUAAGUCCAACUCAAUUAUUAUUUAUUGAUGAUACAAUUUAAUAAAAAGAAAUUUUUUAUGCUAUUGUAUUUGAUUCAACAAUGAAGAUUAUGGUUUCAACUUGUGGAAACAAAAUUAUAAUUUGGAAUUUCAAAAAUGGAAAAAUUUAAUAAGUUCAAACACUUUCAGGACAUUAAGAUAAUGUUUAUUACCUAGUAUAUAGUAAAAUUAAGAAUUGUUUUAUUUCUGAUUUAGGAGAUGGAUCUAUUAUAUUAUCGAAAUAAUUGAACAACAAUCAAUGGUAAAGUUCAAAACCAUAAUUUGAGCAUAAAAAAUAUAUCUAUUGUAUAAUCUUAACAUAAAAUGAAGAUUAAUAAAUUUCAGGUCGUGGAGAUUCUAUGAUAAAUGUAUUGAGAAUAGAUUUUAUUAAUAAUCAAUUAACAUUUCUUUAUUCAUUAUAAAAACAUACUAGUUCUGUCAGGUUAUUAAGUUUAAAUCAAUAAGAAAGAGUGUUGGUUUCAUGUGGAAAUGAUAAAUUAACUAUAAUUUGGUAAAAAGAUGCAAAUAAUAAGUGGGUUUUUUAGUAUGUUGUUAAAUAAUCAAUUGAAGAUAUUGGGAUCCAUGUUAAAUUCAUAAAGGAAGAUUAAUUCAUAUGGGUGCCUUAUUCAGCCAAUUUUUUAUCUGUAUUUAACAAAAAGAUAGUCAAUUUCAAGAAAUUCUAGAGAAGGAAGUUUAAUUGUAAAAAAAUAGGGAUGGAUUAGUCAAUUUAUCUUUCUUAAUAAUAUACAUUACAGAAUAAAAUUUGAUAUGCUUAAGACAUAUAAAUAAUAUUAUCUUACUUAAAGCUCAAAAUGAUGGAUAAUUAUCAAUUUUUUAGGAAUUAGAUUGCCAACAUUAGAGCAUAUUUGGAACGGUUACAAACAAUGGAUAAUAUUUAAUAUAUUGGGGAGAAAAUAAGAUGAAUUAUGAGAUAUAUGAAAUAUAGUAUAAAUGA